ACUGCAGUGUCGCAACACAUACAACAUGAAGUUUCUGGUCACUCUCGUAGCUCUGUGCGCCGUGCUGGCGAUGGCGUCCGCCGGAUACAUCAACAGGGGCUGGGGAGGCUCUAGCGGCGGAUGGGGCGGAUCCAGCGGGGGUUGGGGUGGAUCCAGUGGGGGCUGGGGUGGAUCCAGUGGGGGCUGGGGUGGAUCCAGUGGAGGCUGGGGCGGCUCUAGCAAAGGCUGGGGCGGAUCCGGCGGCUGGGGAGGUUCCAGCAAGGGCUGGGGCGGCUCUGGUGGCUGGGGAGGUUCCAGCGGUUGGGGCGGUUCCAGCGGUGGAUGGGGCGGUAAGAGCAGCGGUGGCUGGUCUGGUGGUCACGGUGGAUGGUGGUGAACACCCAUCCCCCUGAGGCAGGAUCACGAGUAAAGAGGCCGUUGUAUAUUAUAACUCUCUCAUCUGUAUAUAAAUUUGUAAAUUACUAUCUUUAAUGUCGUAUUAAUAAACGGAAUUCUGUUCCACUAAAAUU